GUUGUGCCAGAACUAAUAGACUUGGAUGUGCUCCGAAUAUUUGUUUUAGAAUUCCAAAAGUCGCCUUCCCAUAUCAAUGUCAAGGACAUUGCAGAAACUUCUUGAAGGAACUCGUAUCUCUAGAAAUUUGCUAAAAAUGGACAAAUGGUUGGCGCCCGUCCUCAGUAGUUUAUCUACGGAGUUUUCGGAUUGCCGUGUUAUCGUUGGCUCCACAACUUUCGAGUGCCAUAAAAUUAUUUUGUCCAGUGCCUCAGAGUUCUUUAAGGGCAUGCUGUUGAGCAAUUUCAAGUAAUCUAUUUCGGGGGAGAUUUACCUACAGAAAAUGCUAUCCUAAUGGAUCUGUACGAGUGCGGCAAUCAAUGGCUGGUACCGUCAAUAACCUCUGAUUGUCUGAGCGUGCUGACCGAACGUGCCAGAGCCAUGAAUCUGGAGGAACUUAUUGAGCUGUAUGAGUUUGCGCAUAACUGCGACAAUAAGUCCCUUAUUCAGACAAUUACUUCUCUUAUGAUGACUCAUCAUUUCAAGCAGUUGCUAUGUGAACGAGUCCUUUUGCUUGGCUCGGAUAUCUUUAUUCAAUAUAUGACCACGGUGGCCAAAAUGAGACCGGAAAUUGAACGUUAUAGGAUGAUUGAAAAAUACUUGGAAAUUAACGGAUUCCUGAAGGAUAUAAACGAUAAAGAAAACCGUGAAAUAAAUGAACUAAAUCAAUUGGACAGUAAUGAGGAUGAACUGAUUAAUGGCACAGAAAAUAUGAAAAUAGAACCAGAUACCGAAAAAGCGUCAGUGAAAAAUGAUAAAGCGAGCAGCGAGAUUAAAGGAAAGCUUAAAGCUGAUUUCGUCAAAUCCUUACUUAUUGCCAUAGACUAUACUAAAAUGAGUGUUAAGGAGUUCUACAAUGGUCCAGGAAAAUCUGAAUUGCUGACAUAUCAAUCCAAAUAUGAAACCCUAUACAAAAUUGUUGGGAAAAGAAGCCGCGCAAAACCUAUAAUGUUAGACGAUUAAGCGUUAAGUGAAUUAAUAUCAAUGUGUUUAAUAAAUAUAUUCUUUUUGUUGACAAUACGCAGGAAUACGUAAUAAACAGGUUUAUAAACCGUAAUUUUCUACACA